AAACAGUGUCUCAAUUUGAUUGUCAAUUGUUUUGCUUAUGGAUUAAGUGAUUGUUUUCAAUCAAAUUGAAAAAAAUAUUAUAAAAGGGUUUAACAAAUGUUAUGAUUUUAGUGAACGUUAUUAAAGAGUUGUCCACUCAUUGACUGAUUGACUAUAUUUUGAUGACUGACCGGUCUGUCUGUCAAUAGUUGACAUCACUUGAAGACAUCAUUACAUUAUUGACACCAAUUGGUCACUAAAAGACACAGUUAUGUCACCAAAUGAUAACCAGUUGUCUCAUGUAUGACAAGAUAUGCUAUUAUUUUCUAAUUGUCGUUAAUUUAUCCAAUGAAACUUUGGUUACAAUCAUCGGUCAAACUAUUGAAUGAUAUUAUUAGUCGUUAAUUGAGUUGAUCCAGUGUUGUUGUAACAACAGUUGUGACCAUUGAUGUCAUAAUUUUGUUUUUUUAGUUGUGUUGACACAUAACUCAUUAUUAUUACAAUAGAUUAUAAUCUAUAACCACAAUCACAUCCCCGGAAAUUAUGGGCAAAAUUUUGUCGAAGAUUUUUGGCAAUAAAGAGAUGAGAAUUUUAAUGCUGGGAUUAGAUGCGGCGGGAAAGACAACUAUAUUAUAUAAAUUAAAAUUAGGUCAAUCAGUAACAACUAUUCCGACGGUUGGAUUCAAUGUAGAGACCGUCACCUAUAAAAAUGUCAAAUUUAGUGUUUGGGACGUCGGCGGUCAGGAUAAGAUCCGACCUCUUUGGAGGCAUUACUAUACUGGAACUCAGGGUCUUAUCUUUGUGGUCGACUCGGCCGAUAGAGACCGUAUCGAUGAGGCCCGACAAGAGUUACACAAAAUAGUGAACGACAGGGAAAUGAGAGAAGUCAUAAUACUUGUGUUCGCCAAUAAACAGGACUUACCCGAUGCAAUGAAACCACAAGAAAUUCAGGACAAGUUGGGACUGACGAUGACGAGUCUUCGUCAGCGCAAUUGGUACGUCCAGCCCGCCUGUGCUACCACUGGUGACGGUCUCUUUGAGGGACUCACGUGGCUUAUGUCCAAUCAUAAGACUUAAUAUUUGUAGAUUUAAGUGAUUUAAAAUGUUUUAACUCAUGUUUAGAACAAUUUUUGUAUUAUUAAUAAUUUUAAUUAUAUUUAAUAAU